UCUACAUUGGAUUUUAUUCAAGGUACCAGUCCCAGUUUGCCUUACCAUUCAAUCAUGGCUCAGCGAGCAGCAGCAUUGGGUGCCUUCCGAACAGUCGUCCGCGCGUCCGAGCGCUGCUUCACCGGCGACAAAGUUGCAUUGACUGAGGCCAAGAAGCGCAUCCGGAGCGAGUUUGCCAGUCGCAAAAACGAAGUCGACCCGGCAGCCAUCACUGCUAGCAUCAAAAUGGCGACCGACACGGCGCUGUUUCUGGACAAGUAUGUUGUGCAAGGUGCCAAGCGCGAGCAAAAGGAUCAGACAUUCGAACUUCGCAUUCGAGACACCACGCAACUUGACACAAACCCGCCAGUCAAGUGCAAGAAUGGCGACAAGAACGCGACGCCAUCGCCCGCCCCGCAAGGUCCCUCUCCCUGCUCGUCUGCACCGCGGCCAUUCUAAACCAAGAAUGCCCCCCCCUUCCUCUUUGUCAUGCGCGUUGGCGGCUUUUGUGAUUUGGAUGCCGCGACAUGGCAGCUUGUACUUCUUCCCCAAUCCAAAUACAAUUGUUCAAUGAAACGUAGUUUGCCAUUA